CAAGCUGAUUUACGUAAACAAAGAAACGGAUGUUUCAAUGAUAUAAUACAUAAUUCUUGUGUGUUAUGAUAUUCAUAUGAAAUAAUAUAUCAGAUUUAUUUAAAUAUUUAUUUAGAUUAAUUAAAAAAGACCCCAAAUUCGUUAUGUGUUUAAGCUUUUAUGUCAGUAGGUUAAGUAUUAAGAGUUAGUUCAGAGUCUCUCAGACCUGAAGAGGGAAAACAAUGGGAGUUCAUGGAUUGUGGAAAUUACUGGAGAGCACAGGAAAGCCCAUCAACCCGGAAACACUCGAGGGGAAGAUCCUAGCAGUUGAUAUCAGCAUCUGGCUAAACCAGGCCGUUAAGGGCGUGCGGGAUCGUGAUGGCAACAGCGUCCACAACGCCCACCUCCUCACGCUGUUUAACCGUCUGUGCAAGUUGCUCUUCUUCCGCAUCAAGCCUGUCUUUGUGUACGAUGGAGAUGCACCUCUGCUUAAGAGACAGACCCUGGCUAUCAGGAGACAAAGGAAGGAGGAGAUGGCUCUUGAGUCGAAGCAAACCCACGAGAAGCUCUUAAAAACAUUUCUGAAGAGGCAGGCCAUCAAAGCUGCGCUAGGAGACCGCAGUCAAGAGACAAUUCCCAGCAUUUCUUCAGUGCGAAGAGACGAGGUGGAUGAAAUGUACGUCUUGCCAGCACUGCCCCCUGUAGAGGAAAAAGAAAGAAGCAGUUCUGAUGAAGAGUUAGAAAGAGAUGAGACACAAACACCAGAACCCUAUCUCGCAUUGCAGGAUGAGAUUUAUGAAAAUCCCAAUUCCAUAGACAUAAACUCUGAGGAGUUCCAGCUCUUGUCACCAGAGAUCAAACACGAGAUCCUCAAAGACAUGAAAGAGUUCAGCAAGAGGAGACGCACACUGUAUUACAAACCUCCUGAGAGGUCAGGAGACUUCUCUCAGUAUCAGCUAGCGGGGCUGCUGCAGAGGAAUAACCUGAACCAACGUCUGGAGGGCGUGGAGAAAGAAAUUAAUCACCACAGGUAUGGAGCGGUGGAGGAGGAGUUCGGCCAGGACGAACAGCGCAACGUCGAGUCACGCCGUCUCAUAUCUGAGGAUUCCUCACACUAUAUACUCAUUAAAGGGUCCAAAAAGAGCACACAAACUUCUGAGCACCAUCCAGCCCCAGAUCCCUGGUCUUGUGGCCCUUGGUCAGGAAAACGGAGGCCGAAAGGAAGACCAGAGCCGCUUUGGCGCCCAGCAUCAGAGGGCAUUCCUGAAGAAAACGAGCCGGCUUCUUCCUCUUCUUCAUCGACAACUCCAAAACCCAUCAUUUGUAGCGAGGAACCGGCUUCCGAUGGAGCGCCCCCCUCCCCACGAACCCUCAAGGCCAUCCAGGCAGCCAUGAUGGACAGCAGCGCGGACGAGGACGAACUGACGUCUAAGAAAACUCUCCAAGAUGAAGGAAACGGUGGUGUCUCACCCCGCACUUUGCAGGCCAUUCAAAGCGCCCUGACGGAGGACAGUAAUGUACCUGAAGACCUUUGCAGAGAAGUCUCUCUCAUCCCUCACCAGAAGAAGUACGUCGUCAUCAGUAGCUCAGACGAUGACGACGACAAUGCUAAGGAUCAAGCGGAAAGCACAGCGAUGGAAAGGAGUGUCUUGGAUGAGGCCCAGGAAGGAGGUGGAGUUUCUCCAAGGACGUUGCUGGCCAUUCAAAGAGCCUUGGGAGAAAAGGAGCCGUUUACUGCGAUCAAGAAGGUGGAGCAGGUGGGUUUAUUGAGCAGUUCUGAAGAGGAGGAAAUGGAAAAGGUAGUCGGAGUGAAGAGCAAGGAGUUCAAAGCUGCAACACUUCCUAAAAAAAUGGAGAGUGAAAAAGCUGCCCUAGAAACAGCCUUAUCAGUCUCAGAUCUACAGACUGAGGAGAAAACUUUGCCCCAAGGUGACGAAAAAGGUUCUGAAAGCAGAUUCCUGCAGGAAGGAAGUUUAAGAAUUGACUUGACUGAGGAGGAAGAAGAGAAGGAGGAGCAAAAUGGGCGUGUUGAAGUAAAGAGUGAAGAGGACGACAGCAGCUCUGAAGGUUUCGUCGAGGUGUCAGAAGGAGAAGAGGAGCCUUCUGAAUCAGAGGAUGAGGUGGUGGGGAGCGAUAAAGAGGAUAAAGAGGAGAGCCAAGAGAAAGAGUCCAGCGACAAAUCUCUGUCAUUAAGCGACAGUAAAAUGGAAGAGGAGAAAGAUGAAAGCUCUCGAGAAGAGAGCGCCGUUCCUGCUCCCAGUGAAUGGGACCACAUUGACACGGAGGAGCUGGUACAGUUGGAGAAAGAUUUGCAGGCAGAACAGAGCAAUCUGCAUGGGCAACAACAGCAACAGCAGCGCGGCGCCGCUACAGUUACAGGACAGAUGUGCCAGGAGAGCCAGGAGCUGUUGCGGUUGUUCGGCGUGCCCUUCAUUGUUGCCCCAAUGGAAGCUGAAGCUCAGUGUGCAACUUUGGAUCGGACGGAUCAGACGCACGGCACCAUCACUGACGACAGUGACAUCUGGCUGUUCGGGGGACGACACGUCUACAAAAACUUCUUCAACAGCAACAAAUAUGUAGAGCACUACCAGUAUGUGGACAUUCAGAACCAGCUAGGACUGGACAGGACUAAGAUGAUCAAUCUGGCCUAUCUCCUGGGUAGUGAUUACACUGACGGGAUCCCACGAGUCGGAUACGUCACAGGCAUGGAAAUCCUAAACGAGUUCCCUGGACCUGGUUUGGAACCUCUGACUCAGUUCAGUACGUGGUGGAACGAAGCUCAAACCAAUAAGAAGUUGAUUGCUGAUCCAAAGGACACAAAAGUGAAGAAAAAGCUAAGAGAGUUGAAUCUUCAUCCAGGCUUUCCUAACCCUGUUGUCGCUGAGGCCUACCUCCAACCCACUGUUGACCAGUCAGAGGGCUCGUUUUGCUGGGGCCGCCCACAAAUGGAUCUUCUCAAAGAGUUUUGUUACAGUCGAUUUGGUUGGAACAGCAGGAAGACCGAAGAAACUCUUCAACCAGUCCUUAAACAGCUCAGCACUCAACAGACACAGCUCCGCAUCGAUUCCUUCUUCCGCCUGGAGCAGCAGGAGAGACAGGCCAUCCGCAGCCAGCGCUUACGUCGAGCCGUAACCUGCCUCAAGAGGAAGGAGCGCGAUGGGGCAGAUAAUGAAUCUAGUGAGAGUAGUGAAGAUGAAAAGGUCUCACCAGUCAAGAAAGGGAAGAACUCCAAAGAGAAAGGGACUGGGAUGUUUGGAGGAGGUUUUAUCGGGUUGGACGUGAGCUUUAACAGUCCGGAAGAGACAAUGAUCGUGGGAGAAGUUGAGAACAAGCCUAAAGCUGUAAAGAGCGAGCUGUUGAAUGUCGAAUCCAGUAGCAGCAGUUCAGAAGAUGAACUCAAACAUAACAAUAGAGCUACAAUGGUUACUGCACGGUCUGUCUUUGAGGGGAAAACAAGAGGAAGGGGAAAAAGAGGAGGAAGAGGAGGACGAGGAGGAAGAGGAAAGACCAAGAAAAACGUAUAAUGUCAGAUAAUGUCAGGAGGAAACUUAAAUAUUAUUUAUCAAUUUGUAUAUAGAAUUGCAAACCUAUUAUGUGAAUGGAACAACAUUAAAUUAUGGCAGAAAACUUUGGACGUAUAUUUACGUAUAAUGUUUCAACUAUUCGAUCAUGUGUAUUUUUGUAAAUUUUUGAAUAAAGAAAGCCAAUGAUCCAGGAAAAUGAAA